ACGCAAGCAGAUCACAUCGAGUUUUGCGAGUUGCGUUACGCGUCGCGUCGUCACGCGCUUGAGACCCUUUGAGUUUCGGCGAUUUAAGCCGAUUUGGGCGGUAUCGCGUGGUUUAAAAAAAAAGUGCACGUAAAAAGUAGAAGAAUUUUGUGGCGUUUUUUUAGGGGGGAAAUAGUUUGUUUUUAGAGGAAGAAAAACAGUUGACGGAAAGGCAGCCGAGAAAAAAAGAGUAAAUUUGGAUUACGCGCGUGAUUUAUUGGCUAAAGUAGAUUAAAAUUUUCGAGCCAUUUCUUGGCGGCAACAUUUCGAGAACCAGAACGUCAAGUAAAAAUAAAUCAAAUUUUAGAGGAGGCGGUUUGGGGCAAGCCGGUUGCACUAAGCAAGUGCAAGUGCAGUGUGUCGCAGUUGGAGGAGAAUAUCGAGAGGAAAAAGUGAAGAAGUACACCCGCGAGUGAUGUGUGUAUGUGGAAACAAGAGCAAAUAAAUAAAAUAACAGUGCAAAGGCAAAUAUAAGAGAAGAGAGAUAAAAUUAAAACAUUUCUGACAAGCUCGACGGCACACCAGAAUUUCGAGGAGCAGCAGCAGGUUGGCUGGUGUGCGACAACAAAACACGAAAAUCACUUGAUCCUUAUCAAGAUAUCGCGUGGAGUGAGGAAGAAACAAGUUUCACUUGAAGAGAUCAGGUGCCGGAGAAGAAACUGUGCAACUCGAGCGUGAGACGAAGAAUUGUGCGUGUUCAACAGUUCGACAACUCCGGCAAAUUGCAGUGCUCGCGCGCACGCUAGUCUCGCAGAUAGCUGGUUAUUAUCAUCGUCGAAUUAGCAUAACCUCAACCGACGGACCUAAUUCGGUUUGGCGGCCAACGAGGUACUCCCAUGCGCCGCCGUCGAUCCAGAAGAACAUUCAGAACGACUACGCCAACUUGCUCCGAGUAAUACGGCAGAUCGUAACAAGCGGUGCAGCAUUCCAGACUUCAAAGCCUGCUUUAAUCGCAGCGCCUACUGUUAAACUCUCCAGCUCUAUCGGAAGUAGCUAUGAACUAUGGAUGAACUAGCGCGAAACGGUAGUGCCCACCCGAACCCAAAUCUACCCGCCACCAUGGCCGAAGUGUACUACUUCUGCUUCAAGCGGACACGGCACGCGUCACAUCCGCUGCCACACAAGAAGCACUCCCGCCGGUAUCCGCACCACUACCAGCACCAGCAUCCACCCAAGAGUAGCGCCUGCUACUACACCACUAGCAGUAAUUUAUCGAAAUUCUUGAUUUUAUUGUUCCUAUCUAUCUGUGAUAACCGGGCGAGCAGAACCCACGUAGCGGCCGCCGAAGUCUACAGCAGUAGCAGCGGCAGGCAACUCACCAGUAGUAGUUCUUCUAGUAGUUUUAGUAACGUAGUCUACCGCGACGACUCUCAAGUGGAAAGUGCAAGUGCAGCAAGCGGUACUGCGGCGGUGAACCGCACCAGGCUGCAGGAGAUCGUCAUGGAGGGGCUCGGGCUGAGCGCGAUUCCCGACGUGCGAGCGAUGAACGUUAGUCAGCAAGAAUACGAAACCAAAUAUCGAGAGUACCUGGAACGAGUUAAUCGACGCAGUAGCGGCCAGCUCGAACUCCCGAGGAGCCAGCGGAGGCCCCGGCGGCAGGCCUUGCGUCAGCAAGAUGAUGAGACUGAUGGGGAGUUUGAGGAGGAGGAGGACCAGGAAGAUAUCGUGGAGGGCGAAGACGACAGCAGCCAGCGUGUCGUCGAGACGCGGCAUCUCUACAGCUUCCCAAAUUCAGAUUCCAAGCUGAAUCACCAGAACCUGCGCCGCAAGCGCUCGGUCAAGAACGACUACGACCUGGUCUAUAUCCGGUUCGAUAUACCAACCAGAAACAGUUCCAGCACCGGCGGCGGCGACCUGCCCGCUCUCAACACGCCCUCCUUCUUCCACGAUCCCACCUCCAACGGCAAUCAGCAGCAUCCCCAGCACCACCACCGUCACCACCAGCAGACCCUGUCCAAUCUGCCGCCAAUCUCACCGGAGAACAUUGAAGAAUCAUCACUCAACAUAAUGUUGACGCGGUCGUCAAACAGCGAACGCAGCACAUCGGCCGGUAAGACGACGCCGACGACGAGUCCGCCCCAUCACGGACGCCGCCGGGGUCGGGUCAAAUUCAAGCACAACAAUCAACAGCACAACAGUCACCACGGGUCGUCGGGCAAGAACGUCCACUUGUUUGUGUACCAGCUGGUUGAGCCGUACCAGCGCCACCUGCUGACGUCCAGGACGAUCGCGGUGGAGGAAUUGGCCGACGGUGAUAAAAAGUGGUUCCAGCUGCCCCUGGACGAAGCCGUGCGCACCUGGCUGGACGGCUCGCGCAAGAAUCUCGGGCUGGAAAUCUACUGCGAAAAUUGCUACAACAACGACAUCUUCGUGAUCCACGACUCAUCGCCAUUCUUCGCCGGCUACGACGAAACUCCCGUCCUGAACGUGGUCGGCAAGCUCGUGCAGCGCGAGAAACGCUCCAAGGCCGGUGUCCAGCGGUACCGGCCAACGAUGCGUGACUACAUGACCCCACCCAAGACGGCGACCUGCACGCCGAACAACAAGCGCUGCUGCCGCCAUCCACUUCUGGUGGACUUCCGGGACAUCGAGGGCUUCGAGUUCAUCAUCCAGCCGAAGAUCUUCGACGCGGGCUUCUGCCGGGGCCGGUGUCCGUACAAGUACAACCCGGGCAGUCACCACGCGCUGAUUCAGUCGCUGCUGCACGAACACGUCAAGUACGACGUCCCGAAGCCGUGCUGCGCGCCCGUUCGGCUGGACCACAUCGAUGUGCUGCACGCGGACCCUAAAAAUCCGCAGCGGCUCAAAGUGACCACCUGGGUGGGCAUGCGCGUUACCGAGUGCGCCUGUUCUUGAGGUGCGACGACUGGACGACUUAUCACUGUGCAUUUAGAGCUGAUGGAAACGUAUAGUAUUAUAAUCGUUACAACGCAACACACAAGAAAUCACACAAACCUAAGUAUGAGAAAAUGCAAUUGGAAACAAGAGAGUUACGCAAACUUCUAAGGAUUAAAAGGAAACAUUCAAGAGUUAGGAGAUUCGUCAGUGCUGUGCAGUCUUCGGGAGUCGAAUGAUGAGAUUUGGUAAUCCUUUUGGUAUCAAAGUUUCUUUCAGGAAAAUGCUUUUACUUUACUUUAAACAAAAAAACUGUUGAAAAUUUUAUAUAAAAAAAUAUAAUGUAAAACAUUUUAAAACACUUUUUACUAAACUUGGAUAACUAUGCUGAUCGAUUUAAAUUACUUAGUGAUCAUUUGAAAAAGUUCACAGAAAUAAAUCAAAUUAGUUUGAAUCUUUUGCAGUAUUUUAAAAAUUUACAGAAAAUUAGAUUGAAAACAUUAAAUUUAAAUCAAAUGAUUAAAAUUUAGCUGAGCCUGAAAAUUUGAAUAUUAAAUUGAAUUGAAUUGAAUGAACGGUUCCCUUUAAAAUAUAGAAUGGAUGAAAAAAAACUAUUUAACUAGAAAAUAAUACAAAUACAACAAAAACUAAUCCACCAUCGUGGACAAUUUUCCAUACAAAAACAAAACUUUUGAGUAUAGACAAUCGCCAAAUAACAGAAAAUCAGAUUACGUUGGAUCAUUUUGUUGUCAUAUUUUGAGAAAAAAUAAAAUUUCUUGGUUCUAUUUUCCGGAGUAAAAUUUUGGCGGGGACUUUAAAUAACCGAGUACAAGCUGUAUUUAAUUUUUUCAAAUCCCUAGGAGUUAGAAUUUAAAAUUUAACAAUUUUUGAAUUUUAAAUUUCUCAAUUUUUAAAUUUGAAAUUUCUAAAUUUUUGAAUUUUAAACUUCUAAAUUUUUGAAUUUUUAUUUUUUUAUUUUUUAUAAAAAAAAAUAUGAAGAAUUAAAAAAUUGAGAAAUUGAAAUUCAAAAAUCCAGAAAUUAAAAAAAACUGAUAUGGGAUAUUUGAAUUUUAGAAUUUCAUAUUUUUUUUAAUCGUUGACUUCCAAAAUUUCACAUUUUAUUCUUUUGAAAUUUUGUAUUUUUUACUUUCAAAAUGUAAUUGUAAUUGUAAUUGAUUGUUUAUUUGUGACGAGAGCCUGUUAGUUUACAACAAACGUCUGAAUUUUUUACUAUUUUGGUUUAUUUUUUCAUCUAAAAAAAAAGUUUUUCUUAGAAUAUAAAAAAGUCUUGAUGCGCUUGAAUGUUUUAUUUGCAAAAAAAUCUUUAUUUUUUUUAGAUUUAUUGUUUCCAAAAUUUCAAAAUUAAUUUCUUUUCCGAGAUUAAAAAAAAAUCAAGAAGAUUCAAAUAAAUUUAUUUACUUGAACAAAAAUUUUGCCUUUAUUUCUUGAAAAAUAAAAAGACGAAGGAAAGACACACACUAUGUAGCUAUUACCGAAACAUUAUUUUUUUUUUUCAAAAGUGGUUAUAUUCUUCGAAAUUUACCACACCCGUUCAUAUAUGUUUUUGAAAAUUAGAACUAAUUGCUUUAAUCUUUAGAUAUGGUUGUUCUUCAGCAUACUUGCAAAAAAUCACCUUAAAAACUUUUUAAGCAAGCACUUUUGAAUAGGGACUUAUGAUAUCCUUAACCUGAUCGAUUGGUUCAUUUCAAUAUGAACAAUUAGAUGAUCAAUAGAUGGAAUAUCCCGAAGACACUCACACUGACGAAAGAACCCAAAAAAAAACACACACACAAUGCCAAAAAAAAACAAUUGUCUCCCACAAACGCAUGACGCAAACACACACACAAACAAACAAGAAUACUUAGAACACACACACGUUGCGAUAGGUUCUAGGACCCUCCCUCACUCUGUCUCUCUCUCUUAAUUCAGACACUCACACGAACACAGAGCGCGUAUUUAUUAAGGUUGUGUAAUUGUGUGUUUCGUAAAAAAAAAAACAAACAGAUCAUUCAUCGCCCUCCUGACUGUAGUUGUGUGAAUGU